ACUCCGCUUCCGCUAGUCCUUGUGCCAAAAACGCCGAAAGCCCAAAAAUUAACCGAAAUAUUGUGAAAGUUGGAACAAUUCCAAAAAUUAAAUAUCGGAUAUUUUAAUAAAUAAACGGUCCAUUGUUUUGGUUGGUUUUUGCGAUCAACAGUACGGCGAAGUUGUAAUGGACGGCAAGCUCUCUAAGCAUACAGAGAGCGGUCUAAGUGCUAGUGUUGCUAUAAAUGAUGUUUUAUUUAAUGGUUUCGGCACACAAUUCUUGACGGUUGCACCGCCACUUUUAAAUUGCGAUGAUGAACUUAUUUGGCUUGAUAUGACUAAUCCAGCAUUUCACAAACCUGUCUACAACAGCUUCAUAAAAGAGUCUAAAGGCCUGGGAAAAGAUGCGAAAUAUCUUAUAACACAAUCCUUCAAACAAGCUUUGAGUAUUCAAGACCAAAAUGAUUUAUUGCGUGAAUUGGAAAAAGAUCCUCAGCUAGUAUACAAUGUUGGAUUGACUCCUGAUAAGCUUCCGGAUUUGGUAGAAUAUAAUCCUCUAAUUGCAAUAGAAAUUCUACUUAAAUUGAUCCACUCUCCUGGAAUUACGGAAUACUUCAGCGUUCUUGUAAAUAUGGAAAUGUCGCUGCAUUCUAUGGAGGUGGUAAAUCGAUUGACCACGUCAGUUGAGCUUCCAAGUGAAUUCGUGCACCUCUAUAUUAGCAACUGUAUCUCAUCAUGUCAGGCAAUCAAAGACCGCUAUCUACAAAAUCGCCUAGUUCGACUGGUUUGUGUUUUUCUUCAAAGCCUAAUUAGAAAUCGAAUUAUUGAAACUAGUGAGCUAUGCAUUGAACUAGAAGCGUUCUGCGUCGAAUUUAGUCGUAUACGAGAAGCCGCUGCUCUUUAUCGGCUUCUUAAGCAACUUGAAUCAGACUCUAAUAGUACGAUAGCUAAAAUUAAGUGAAUAAAAGCAAACAUAGGUACUGGUGGACGUGGAUCUUGUUAUUACAUGUUAUAAGAAACAGUGAUUAUGUGAUAACAAUGAUACGGUAAAAAUCUAGCAUUUGUAGGUAGCAAAUUAAAAGUAUGCUGCUUUUCAGUGCCAGAGUAUUAUAAUAAAAACUUCGUUAGAUCAGUU